UUUGGUAGCCGCAACUAUAACCCGACAAAAGUAGUUUGUCAUCUUUGAGAUUUUGAUCUCUACGGUACUAGCAUCCCGUUCGAUCCAGUUUGUGUGCGUGUGGAUACCAGUAGAGGCACAACGUUUGGAGUGCUUUACAAUCUUGGUUUAUUUUAGUUCAUCUUUCCGCUGCGAACUAUCCAGUUCUCUUGUUUCGAAAGAUCUCUGCUUUUUUGGAUUGGAGAAGCAACUCGACGAAACCCUUUGCCGUUGAAACCAUUCCGGCCAAGUUUAAAGUUGUGUGAUUGGGAGUGAGAUACUGGGAGAAGUGACAAUGCCCGUGGUGGAGACGAGCCUCGUUUCUCUUCUGGAGAAGCUUAAAGUGGAGGAGCCGUACCUUCCUCCGCGAAAUUGGGAAUCUUUACCUUCUGAGAGUGGUCGUCGAUCUCUUCCUCCUCCAAGUCGUGCUUCUGCUACUCCUUCGUCCUCUUCCUCUGUCUCUGAAUCAAGCUUGGUCAGGUUGGCCCUUAAUGCUCUGCAAGGUGUUGAGUGUUCUCUUAUUAGCAUAGAGCAGCUCUCUUCUGCAUUAUGCUCUGAGCCAGCUGACAGGACCCUCCACAAAAUUCCGAGCUUGUGGCAUCGGUUGUCAAGCACUGAUGCGCUGGGACAGAUUCUUAGAAACAUAGGCUGCUUUGGUUCUUUGGUUUUUCUUCUCCACAAGUUCAUAGACCAUUUCACAAGCUUGAAUUUGGAUGUGGAAACAACUGUUCAGGGACAGGGGAGCUAUAAAAUUGGUGAAAAUGAAGAAGCCAAUAACAAGAUCUGCUAUACUCUUGUUAAUCAGGCUUUUGCUAUUGCUGUGAGAAAGAUCCUAGAAGGCUAUAUAUCUGGACUGGAUACAUUAUGUGCAUCUAUAGAACUGAGGCGUUCAUCAAACAUUCUUGAUGGGUCUGACCAUGCUUCGUCUUGGUUAGGCUGCCUUAAAAACGUCGUUCAUCCAAAGAUAACAUUAUUGGAAGUUUUUCUGCAUACUAGAGAGUUACGAACACAGAUUGAAGCUCUAGCGAACAUAUGCUAUUUGUAUGAUAUAGCCCUAUCUUAUUGUACCUCUCCGUGGGAAUGUUUGAUUAAGGAAGCCACCACGCGAUUUCAUAGGUUCUACAGAGGAAGCAACCUGCUUACUUACUUAUAUGCCCAACUACAGGUUGCCGAUCCUGCUCAUAGUGCUAUGCUGAAGUUUUUGUUCCUUAAAACAUGUGAGCCAUAUUGUGAGUUUAUAAGAUCUUGGAUAUAUAAAGCCGAACUUAACGAUCCUCACAAGGAGUUCAUUGUGGAAUGUGUCAUUCAACCUUGGAAUAAGCCUGGUAUCUCCCCAUUGGAAAGCGUGAGGGAGCGAGAAGGAGGGCUUGUUCCAUGCUUCUUGAACGGCUUUUUGGUACCUAUACUAAGGGCUGGUCAACAGCUUCAAGUAAUUACAAAGCUUCUUGAACUGUGUAAUCUUCCUGCAUCUAGACACAAAAAUUACACAGACCUUCUUCCCUGCUGGACAUAUUAUUCUACCAAUAGUCCAGGGUACCCAUCUCCAUUAAUUUUCAGCAAAUUACAUAUUGAAGUGAUGAUAAAGAAAAGAGACGAUUACUACAGAGGAAUGCUGGAAAAACUUGGUGACUCUUCAAAAAAAUUUGAACUGUUUCCUGGGCAGGUUCCUGGAGCAAUAUCUUUACCCAUAUCCUAUGGCAAUGGAGAAGAAAUUCAGAAAAGUUCUGUUGAUUUCACACUGGAUGAUAGUUUCUUAAGUCCUUCAACAGUGGCAAUAGACUUGAGCAGGGACCAGAGUGGUUCGGAUUCGGAUGACCAGAAUAUAGAAGACAGAUGGUUUUCAGAUAUAGAUGCGUCAUGCUCAUCUGAAUGUUCAUCGUCUAGGGAUUCUUUGGAAGCAUCCGAUGUUGGACUCCUUGAUUCACAAAAUUCAUUAGUGGGACCUCCAAAAAAUUAUUUAUCAGCUCUACGUUUCUCUGUUGCCUCUGCUGGGAGUUGUAAUCAGAGUCUUGCUCAGCAUAGUGAUUCAGGUUAUAUAGAAAAUAAUAUUAUGAGGAAAGGUGAGAAGGCUGAUACUAAUCUCCAGUGGAUGAAAAUUGAGCAAGAAGAGUCAGUUGAAGUAUGUGAGCAUGAUACAUUUAGAGGCCUUCAUUCUAUUCAGUCAUGGCCCCUUGGCGGAUUACCUAGAAAUCCGUUUUAUGUUGAUAAGAAGUCUGCGGAAGAUUACAGAGAAGAUCCACGAAAUCUAACAGGAGCUAUGAUGAAACAGAGACAUUUAAUGAAUACUGGUGAAAGCAAACUCUGUUUAAACAACAGUUCCAUCAGAGGCAGCUGUUCAAGACACGAUAGAGAACAUGAUUUCCUGGAAAGCUGUCUCUCAUCGAAAUUACAUUUGUUAAAAGACACAAAUGUGAACUAUCCUUACAAGGUUCUCAGUAUGAAUCCUUUACUGAGAUGUGAUUUUUUGAGCAAGCACGGAAACACAAACAGAAGGGACCAGGGGAAAUCAUUGCCUUGGUUUGAUUUUUCUGCGGUGGAUGACCCUUCAAAAACAUGUAUUGCCAGGAUACCUGUAGGAAUCCCUAUUGAUUUUCACAAGGAAUCUCAUGGUUCUCAGACUGAUAGAGAGUGUCAUCACCAUGCCAACCAAGAAUGUGGCAUAGAUAAGUUUCAGGUUGACGAUCCUAAAGUUUCUUACAGUCAUUUAUCUUCGGGUUUAAAAGGCUGCGCUAAAAAAAAAACAUCAAAUGCAUUUGGUGGAGGUAGAUGGGAGAGUAUGCUCACUAGAUCAAAUAACCCUGAAACUAGUGCAUUUAGUGAUUGCAGACAGGAUUCCUCUGGCACAUUUGAAUUGCCACUUGAUUUUGUUAUAGACAAAUGUCUACUUCAGGAAAUACAUCUUCAAUAUAACUUUGUAAGUAAACUAGCUAUCAAGUUGCUCGAAGAAGGAUUUGGCUUGCAAGAACAUCUGCUAGCUCUACGUAGGUAUCAUUUUAUGGAACUAGCAGAUUGGGCAGAUGUAUUUGUAGUGUCCCUUUGGCAUCAUAAAUGGCUUGUUACAGAGCCAGAUAAGAGAAUUGCCGAAAUCCAAGGGUUUCUAGAAUCAUCUAUCCAGCGAUCAUCAUGUGAACGAGACACUUGUAAAGACAGGAUAUAUUUGUACAAAGGACAAGGCACACAGCAUCUCCGGCCAUCAACCAUUGGAGUUCGAUCCUUUGAUUUCCUACGGUUGGGUUAUCGAGUAGACUGGCCAAUCAGUAUAAUUUUAACAUGCGAUGCGCUGAAAGCGUAUGCUGAUGUAUUUGGUUUUCUUGUUCAAGUGAAAUUAGCAGCCUAUGCAGUCACUGAUGUCUGGUGUUCACUGAAGGAUGUAAGACAUAUGUUGCAUGAGAAUAAAGAGAAGAUAUUGAGGCAAGAACUCCGGUGGUUAAACAUAUUGAUGAAACUAAGGCAUCAGGUCAACCAUUUCGUAACAGCACUACAGCAAUAUGUACAUUCGGAAUUGUCUCACGUAUCAUGGUCUAAGUUCCUUCAUUCCCUGAAGCAUAAGGUGAAGGAUAUGAUGGAUCUUGAAUCUGUACAUAUGGCUUAUCUAAGCGAAGCUCUGCGCAUAUGUUUCCUAUCUGACGAAACACGAGUAAUAUCUAACAUCAUAGAGAACAUCUUGCAAUGCGCAGUGGACUUCAGGUCUUGUCUUCCCAGAGGCAUGCAGAGUACAGGUCGAGUCCCAAACGAUUCAUGGACAAAAACGGUAGGCAUAAACACAUCUCAGGUGAUGAUGGUGAAGCAAAAUUUUGACAAAGAGUUGAAGGAGCUGCAUAAGUGUCACCUGAGAUCACCAAAACAUGGGAAAUCUGGGCUAUCUCGCUUUUGGGACUGCCUCAAUUUCAACCUUUAUUAUUCAGAUAUCCUUCAUGACUCUAACAUCUUCGCUCUUGUUCCUUAAUACCACAUUAUCUGAUACUCUUGUAGUCUUGUGUAUUUUUGUAUAAUUUGUUUUUAAUUCGAAUAUAGUUUUCACACAAAUAAUUGAGCUUGUAUAAAAAUGGUUUUCUUGUCA